CCUCUAUCAAGAACCUUGCCAAGCCGAGUGUAGUGAGAAAGAAGACCAUCUUUUGCUGACACCUCUUAAAGGUCAAUCAAUUAAACUUUUCAAGUUUGUCCACGGAGUUACUUCACACUGUAACCGUAGAGAUUGACCCUUAUUGGCCAAAAUAGAUGUUCUGCGUUGUGAACCAUUGUUUACCGAAACUCCACUUUCAAAGUGAGUUUUAUUUUGUCCAACAAGAACAUUUUGAUUAUCAGAUAUGUCAUUUUCCUUUCUUUACCUUUUUGAAAAAACAAACUGAAUUAGUUUUAAGAUUGUAGGGAAAAUGUAUUUUGUUUUUUUCGAGAAAUAAAAAAUUUAAAACAUCUGAAUGAACUGGACAAAGAACUGGCACAGGUACAAUCAAAGCUUGUGCAACACACAAUUUCCUUAAAACUAAUCCAAUGUUUCUCACGUUGCUAGGAGCGUUGCAGUGUCAAUUUCACAGGAUACAAUAACUGACGAACAACGGUUGAUGGAGUAUAUGGCCCGGGAACCCCCGACCCACAGACUCCUACUACUCUAGCACAUGCCCAACAGGACCAAGAUGCACAAGAGGCUCAAAUCACAGCGGUCCAAGCUCAAAGGAGCCCAAGGUGCACCUGGGAUAGCCUUCGGUCAUAUACUCCAUCAGGAGUCCCCCACUCCUUUUGCCGAGAGGUACUUGAGGGAAAAGGAGUAAUUGUGGUGAUUCUCCCGAAGGCAUUCUUGUUCAGCCGGACGCUUUAAUUGUCAUUUUGUUCUCUGCUGUUGCCGAAGGCAUCCCUCCAGUCCCCCACAUGUCGAGGGCUUUCUGAGGGAAAUGCAUAUGUGUUGCCUGUAUGUGUUGUGGUGAAGGCUGCUUUGUCGUUGCAAGUGACUUCUGCAAAUUUUUUGACAGUUUUGCUUUUGCUGAAGGGUGUAGUUGUAGGAUGCAUCAGAGGGGUUUGUUUUGAUAUUUGCCCGAAGGCUACAUUGGCGCAUGUAUAUGUUUGUUUUGCACAUGUCAAUUUUUUGUUUUGCAUUGUUCCCGAGGGGUAUGUCCCAGUCCCCAACUCCUUUAGGCUGAAGGCAAGUUCGGGCUGGAGGAGUUAAGAGUAAUGUCUAUACCCGAUGGCGCAUUUGGGUGAGGGCCGCCAAAGGGUGAUAAGCCGAAGGCUUAUGCUGCUCAUGUUUCGAAGGCAUAUGAUCUCCGAAGGGAGUCGUUGGUUGUGUGUCGAAGGGUAUAAGCUGAGGCCACCCCUGGUGCCUCGUAAUAGAGCCGUUGGGAUAUAGCCGUUGGAGGAGGGGUCCACGUGUCAGGUUCUCGUUGGUCGAAGGGGGGCGUGUGCCACCCAUUGGCUAAGGCGGCGGCCUGUAAUGAUGGGCUUUCAAACCGAGGAACAUCUUUCGAGGCUGGGUAGCCUAUAAAUACCCCAAGCCAGGCCUUAUUUCCUUUGUGCUUUCUUGAGAUCAUUGCGGAGCUCUGCCAAUUUUUCUAGAGAGACAAACUACUUCCCUCGAUCAAACUCAGCUUCCAAGGUCAGUUUUUCGCCUGUUCUUGAGCCCCUUAGCAUAUUUUGCUCCCUCCCGUUUAGAUCUAGUGUUAGUGAUCCUAGGGGCCUUCUGUUAGAACCUUUAAGUAGCCUUCUUCUCCUAAACCCUUCAGUUAUUAUUCUGGAAAGAAUGUCGUCACAAAGCGAUUCCCAAUACAUCUCGAUGGAGCCCUCAGUGCAACAAGAGAGCUAUUCGGACGUGGAGUCCUCGAGCGAGGAGCCUUCGUCACCCAAUGAUUCCGCUGUGGCCGAGGAAGAGGAAGAGAAGGAGAGAUAACAAGUGACAAUUGCUGUUCUGCCUACGCGAGACGUCGGCGAAGCGAGCAGCUCCUGGCCGAUUGACGCUGAGCCCCUCCGGGUAGCCGCGGGGAAGAAGAAGAGGAAGCAGAAAGAAGAGGGCCCUUCCAAGAAGAAGAAGGUUGUCGUCGACGCAGGGCAGCCGAUGGGGAUCCUCGAAGGUCACUCAUACCUCAACACCGCCGCCCUCGACUUGAAGACAACGGCCACACCUUCUGAUUGUCAGGCCACACAGCUCCUGGUGGAGCCUUCGGCUCAAGUGGUGGACCCGGACCCGGAUGACUUAUUGUCCAGCCCCCCCGAGGGUUGCUUUGUUGUGCACGUGCUCUCGGUGGAGCUAGGCCUCCGGUUCCCACUCCACCCCUUUUUGUUGGAAUAUCUCAAGUUCCUGGGGCGGGCUCCUUGCCAAUUGACCCCCAAUAGCCACUAUUACAUCACUGGGUUCCUCUCGUUGUGCCGGAGCCGGGGGUGGAGCCUUCUCUGGACCAUUUCUUCAUGUCCUUCAAUCUCUGUCAAAUUGGAACAAAGGAUAGAAUUGAAGAAGUGUUAUUGGCAGUUUGGCAGUGUUUUUGUUUAGAGAGGACAGUGCAGCGAGUAUUUUAGUGUGCUCAAUGUUUU